AUUUCAACUGCAGCUGAAGCAGAAUGAGCGGUUCAUUGAGGACGCGCAGGCCCGGGUAACCAACGCCGAGCGCCUCUGCGCCCGGCUGCAGCGCGCCGCCCUGACAGCGCAGCGCGAGAGCGACGCGGCGGUGAUCCGGGCCGAGGCCGCAGAGGCCGAGCUGGAUCGUUUGCAGCAGAAGCGCCACCCAUUGGGCGCCACUUUCGACGAUGUGGAUCUGCUGCGCCAGCGACAAGGUGUGCUCGAGGCCGAGAGGGCGAGCCUCUCGGCCGAGCUGCGGCAGCACCGCGAAGAUGCGGAGGAGCUGGCCGCAAAGUCCGUCGCCGCCCGACGCCGUGAGCUGCAACUGCGCUCCAAGCUGGAGGCGGCGAGGCAGAGGUGCACAACUGAGAAGCGCGAGAUCGAACAGCGGCACACCAAGGAGCGCGAGGCUUUUGUCCACGAGAUGCAGGCAGAGCUCCAGGCAGUCGCUGCUGCAACUGAAAACGAAGUUGCGAUGCUGACCGCACAACAGGAAGAGGAGGUCCGGAGCCUCCGCAGAGCGGAAGCCGCCGCGGCCCAGCGCCACAGCGCCGGGGCCUCGAGGAGCGAAGCCGCGGCGGCAGAGUCGGCGGCGAGGUUGCAGGAGACCCAGUCCCUUCGCCGGCUAUGCGAGCACUCCUCCGGUGAGGUUUCGAGGUUGUCUGCCGAGCUGCGAGCGAUGCAGGCAGCCGGCUUUGACCUCCAGGACUUGGAGGACAGCACCGACAGCGAGGUGGAAAGAGAGACCGACUUCUUCCGCGCACGCUGCGAGUCUAUUGAAAGGCGUUGCGCGCGAGCACUGCGCGCUGCCUCGAGGAAGGAGUUUGACAAGGUGCCGCCGGAUCUCAGCUUCACAGAGUCCCUGGACCCGGUGAGCCCACGUGAGAUAUCGGAACCCGAGAGCCGUGAAGGCAGCCUGGCGCCGGCAGAGAGCCGGAAGUCAAGGAGCACUGAGGCCUUCGACCUCGGCACAGACUCUCAUCUUCACGAUCCUGCUGUGCAAAGUCCUCGGCAGGAGGCCAAGGCUCUGUUGGCCGAGCAGAACGAGACCUUUGCCUUUGUCCUGGAGGCAUCGAACGACAGCGUCGAGGACUCCAGUGUGCAGCUCCGGCGCGCGAUGCGGCAAAGACCGCGGACUCCCAGGAGGACUGCGCCUUUGGCAGCUUCGGGACUGGAAAGAGUGCUGUAG